GAUGAGGAUUUUGGGAAGCUUCAUUAUCAUCAACAAAUCAAUAGUCACGAUGAUUAAUUCUUUAAUUCCUUUCCUCCUGGGAAGUUUACAUUUCAUUUCAUUUGUAGAGAGCUCUUCAUUUAGUCCUUCCCAAAUACCUAUGAAUCCGGACGCAGAAGAUUCUCGACUCACCGGAAUCGAAUCAAACCUUAUCAGGCUUCACAAAGACCUCAUUUCUAUCGAGUCCAUUACUGGCAAUGAGUAUGAUAUUGGUCAAUAUUUAUAUUCUUACCUUUCAUCCCGCAAUUUUACGGUUGAAACUCAACAUGUCUCUCCCAUCCAGUCAGCAUCCAAUGUCCAAAACAUUUCUGACGAACCACGACUCAAUAUCUUCGCAUAUAAAGGAACAACACGGAAUACUAGACUUCUAAUCACAAGUCACAUGGAUACAGUCGGGCCAUAUAUUCCAUAUUCACGUUCUUCUAACGGAGAAGAGAAUAAAAUUUGUGGUCGAGGAAGUACCGACGCCAAGGGAUGUAUGGCUUCUCAAAUUAUGGCUGUUGAAGAAUUGAUAGCUGAGGAUUCAAUUCAUGAGGGUGAUAUCGGAUUGCUAUUUGUAGUCGGGGAGGAAACAGAUGGUGCUGGUAUGAAAAGAGCCAGUGAAAUAUUCCAGCAAGAUGACGUUGCAUGGGAGAGUGUUAUUUUCGGGGAACCAUCGGAACACAAAUUGGUUCUUGGACACAAAGGAGCGUUGGCGUUUGAGAUAAUUGCUCAUGGAAAGGACGCCCAUAGCUCCUAUCCAGAAUUAGGAAUCAACGCAAUUAGUAUUUUGAUAAAGGCACUAUCGGAGAUUGAUGGAAUGAAACUACCUGGAAGUGACAAGUUGGGUGAAACAACCACAAGUAUUGGCAUGAUACAAGGCGGCGUGGCAUUGAACGUAAUUCCGGCAAAAGCAUCAGCUUCUGUAUUGACAAGAUUGGCAGCCGGGACGCCGGAACAAGCUAUGAAACGGAUCGAAUCUAUCAUCGCGAGUCUUGAUAUCAACGAGGGGAGUGUGGAGGUGAAACUUGGUCGUCAUUUCGGUCCUGUGAACUGUGACGUUGAUAUAGACGGUUUUGAGACUGAUGUAAAACGAGGGGGAACUGAUGUUCCAAAUCUGCAAGGAAAUCAUAAACGCUAUUUAAUCGGACCUGGAUCUGUACUUUCGGCUCAUUCGGAUCAUGAAUGUAUAACUGCUGAUGGGCUUGCUAAAGGUGUAGAUGACUACAAGAGAAUUAUUAGAGAUCUCAUCGCGAGAUAACACAAGAUAUCUAAGAGUCUGAUCCUAUUAUCGGAGCCUCGAAGUCAAAAAAGUUGAAUUGGACUGCAGUUCGGACCACUGGGAACACCAAGAUGAUUCGGUUGAAAUAAAUCAUAUGAGUAUUAGUAUCCAAUGGUUUGCUUGGGCUGCCGAACUAGAUCCUCCAAUUAUUUUCUGGUCAGUCGUUAUCAUCCAGAUAAACACUUUCAGUCAUGUUCCUUUAUAUUGAGAUAUGAAUAUCUAUUCUACAUAUGCUACUUGAUAUUAGUUUUCAACGUUAAAUUUUAGCUUCGGUAUGUAGCGGAAUUCA